ACAGACGCACAGGCUCAAGUGAUCAGCCAAGACGUCAGCUACUUCCAGAGAAAGAUUAACCCUGGCUCUUUUCCCGGUAUCUAUAAUCCUGAUUCCAGUAGAAGCCCUGAUUCCAAUCACAGCCUCACAUUCAAUGCAAUAACCACAAGAGAAGAUGAGUGGCCAAAGAAUGGAACAAAGGUGCUGGUUGUAAAACACGGACAGGAGAAAGCAGUGGGAGUAAUUGAAGAUGAUAAAAGUGAAUUGGCCAACUCCAUUUUUACAGGGCAGUACAGUGAGGAGGAGUCUGCAAGAUCUUUUCAGGAGGCUCUGAUACAGUGGAGAAAAGAAAGGAGCGAAGGAAAAGAAAGCCUUGUUACAACCGAUGUACUGGAGACACCCACGACACCAGCGUUGGUGUCAGCCACGUCGACCCAAACUGACAUUUCUCCAGGCAGAGAAGCUGAUGGACUAGAAAGAGAAGGAGCAGAAGGGAAGCUAAGGGUGAAGUUUUCUGAAAACAGCCUUACCUACAUGGAUAAGUUGCUUCUCAAGAAGCACCGCAGAACACCUGUUGAAAGUCCUCCAUCAUUGGCAUUUGACAUGGGUUUAAAAUCACCAGCUACCACAGACAUAGAGGAAGAGAUGGCCACCAUCCUAACUGCGGAAGAGGAAGAUUUUCGGGAGUACUGUUCAUCACUGCUCAAAGUCCCUGCCAGUAAGGACAGCACUGAGUCACAAGUUUCCACACCUGAAUUAUAUCUUGUCAUAGAAAUCUUGGAUGAGGAAUCCAAAGAUAAGAAGAUAGUGUCUCCAACGGAGCAAAAGUUGGAUAGCAACCCAGUGAGUUCAAAAGCUGAUCUCUCCUCUACCCGUUCAACUCAACCAUCCAGACCAUCUAAAGCAUCAGUUCGACAAAAAGUCAAGAAGUCACAGUGCCUUCACGAUCAGAUUUCCAAAAAUGACUCAGUGAUAGACAGUGGGGAUAUAAUGACCAGUGACAGUCUUUAUCUGACUCCAACAGAAGACGACUCCUGUGCAGAGAAAGCAAGAAUACAUGGACAUUUACCAAUGGAGAAAUCAAGAGAAAUGGCCAAUAAUCUGGAAAUGUCUUAUCGAGAGGACUUAAGACAAACAGAGAAAGAUUUGCAAACUGAAGGCACAAGACAGCGGCCAGAAACACACAUGGUGAUGCAAAACCAGACUGCUGGGUUUGGAUCAGAGCAGUUCUGUGAUCUGGAUGGGUUUUUGCCUUUAGGUUUGGACACGGAUACCGGUCACCCAGACUCACCAGAGCAGACACACUGUGACAGACUUCACACAUGCCAAUUUUCAGUGCGUGCCUCAGACCCAACAGGGCAUCGUUCACACAGCAGCCUUGGACGUCACUCUGAGGAAUACCUGCUUUGCGAAGUGAUGAAGGACAGAUAUGCAGAGCCAACGGGAAUUCAAAUUCAUUCAACCCAGAGAGAAAAAGUGUCAGCAAAUGAACUCAGAACAUCUGGUUGUCAACUUCCUCGAGCUCCACAAGUGAUUAUGGAGAUCUGUAGCGUGGACCAGACUGGCUGUGAGGACCCUGACAUGGACACCGACAUGACCGCACGAAUGCUGCACAUUAUGGAGCAGGAGCUACAACUUCUGGCAAAUACACAGUGCAUGCCUGUCCAAGUUUUCAGUUUGGAGUCAGAAGACAGUGGAGGGGAAAACGGAGAUGAGAGUCAACAUUUGAAAUGGGAUGGCCCCAGCAGGGAACAGCACCAAGAGGAGAACACUACAGAGAGAGACCAACAAAGUGUCCUCUUCCUGCCAUGAGUCACGUACUGACAGAGACAAGCGAAUGAAAUUCAUAAUUGGUUUAAAUUGUGUUUAUGUGCUGUGCAGAUGCGUUUUACCCACAUUCAUAUAAAUGUAGC